ACGCUAUCGCUGAUGCAACACGCUGACAGGUCCACCCAGCCGGCUAUUCUCACCCACGUCUCUUUGCAAGAAACCUGGUUUUGAGUCAGGAGGCCCUGCACCAUGGCAGAUCAGCUGAGUCCGGAUGAGAAGUUGCACCUCAUUACCAGGAACCUCCAGGAGGUCCUUGGAGAGGAGAAGCUGAAGCAGGUUCUUCAAGAGAGAGAGCUGAAAGUGUACUGGGGCUCAGCGACCACUGGAAAACCCCACGUAGCUUACUUUGUCCCGAUGUCAAAGAUAGCAGACUUCCUCAAGGCUGGAUGUGAGGUCACUAUUCUGUUUGCAGACUUGCAUGCCUACCUAGACAACAUGAAGGCCCCCUGGGAUCUGCUGGAGCUCAGGGUGCAGUACUACGAGCAGGUCAUCAAGGCCAUGUUGGAGAGCAUUGGUGUACCUCUGGAUAAACUCAAAUUUGUCAAAGGAACUGACUACCAGCUCAGCAGAGAGUACACGCUGGAUGUGUACCGUCUGUCCUCCGUGGUGACAGAGCAUGAUGCUAAGAAGGCUGGAGCUGAGGUCGUCAAACAGGUGGAGCAUCCAUUGCUGAGUGGUCUGCUCUAUCCUGGCCUGCAGGCUCUGGAUGAGGAGUACCUCAAGGUGGAUGCCCAGUUUGGAGGAGUUGACCAGAGAAAGAUUUUUACCCUGGCAGAGAAGUACUUGCCCUCUCUUGGCUAUGCCAAACGUGCCCAUCUGAUGAACCCGAUGGUACCAGGACUGACGGGGGCCAAGAUGAGCUCCUCAGAAGAAGAGUCAAAGAUUGACCUACUGGACUCCAAAGAAGAUGUAAAGAAGAAGUUGAAAAAGGCUUUCUGUGAGCCAGGCAACAUCCAGAACAAUGGAGUCCUCUCAUUUGUCAAAUAUGUCCUCUUCUCUCUACACGGAGAGUUCUGCAUCAAAAGAGACCCAAAGUGGGGUGGAGACAAAAUCUACACUGUGUUUGAAGACGUGGAGAAAGACUUUGCUGAGGAGGCCAUCCAUCCAGGAGACCUGAAGGCCUCAGUAGAAGAAGCACUAAACCAACUGCUGGAGCCAAUCAGAAAGAAGUUUGAGUCUCCUGAGCUCCGCAAACUUACCAACGCUGCCUAUCCCAACCCCUCAAAGAUGAAAGGAGCAGGAAAGGGUGCCAAGGCUGGAGGAGGAGGAGGAGGAGGAGGAGGCAAUGAUGAUGAUGUGGCUCCCUCUAGACUGGACAUCCGGGUGGGCAAGAUCAUCAGUGUGGAGAAGCAUCCGGAUGCUGAUUCGCUGUACCUGGAGAAGAUUGAUGUGGGAGAGCCGGAGCCAAGGACGGUGGUCAGCGGGCUGGUGGCCUAUAUUUCACAGGAGGACUUACAGGACAGAAUGGUGUUGGUGCUGUGCAAUCUGAAACCCCAGAAGAUGCGAGGGAUUGAGUCUCAAGCCAUGCUACUAUGUGCCUCUAUUGAAGGGGAGCUCAGGAGGGUGGAGCCUCUUGACCCUCCAGAGGGGUCAUCACCAGGAGAACAGGUCUUUGUUGAAGGAUAUGAGACGGGCAAACCAGACGACAAACUCAACCCAAAGAAGAAGGUGUGGGAGAAACUACAGGUCGACCUGAAGAUAUCAGACGAGUGUGUAGCUCAGUGGAAAGACAAACAUCUGAUGACCAAACUAGGACAGAUCACAUGUAAGACACUCAAAGGAGGCAACAUCAGUUAGAUGCACUUAUCACAUUGACCGCUGAAGCUGCUCCUGCUCGCCACAUUACAGCAAGAAUAUUCUCGUCAACAAAUUGCCAUGGCAACCAACGUCACACUUCAUCUGGAUGUUUUCUUGGAGAAUGAUGGGACAUUGAUGCUAAAAGUUUGAGAUGCUUUGGACUGGCUCGCAAAGAAUUUGGUUACCUUGCUUCAAGUUAAUCACAAAAACUGAUCAGCCUGAUUAAUGACUGUGUCUCUCUUUUUAUUUUUUUUUUUAUUUACCAGGGGUUGUUUGGUGUUCCUAACACACUUAAAUGUAGAACUACAAUAUGACAGAGUUUAUGUAACAGAGAUUUACUGGUACUCGGACAAAUGAAAGAUUCAUUUCAUUGCAACAUACAAGAACAUUUUGGGAAUGUUGCAGUGCUGGUUAUUAGUGGAAGCAGCUGAUAAGGAAGCUCGGGUGUUUAAAAAGGGACUUGAUAUCAGUUUUUUUUUCAUAUUCAAAUUUUGCUGCAUUUAUCGCCAUAUUGGUAAAUGUCAGGUCAAUGGUCAGUAUCCCAAACCUAAUUAAUAAGAAUGGUUUUAUCAGAUGUAUAUAACACUCAAUAUGUAAUUUACUGGAAGACAUGGGAUGGUUGCAUCGGGGGUGGUGUUGUACAGAUAUUGAUAUCUGGACAUUAACUGUCAUAUAAUCAAAUAAUGCAUCAUCUCCAAUCUGAAAUAAACAUUGAAUUCUGUGGCUUGCAGAAAUGAAAUAUAUUUGUGGUAGUAACUACAUUUGGGUGUCUGUCUGUACCACACCUUUUAAGACAAAAAGCAGGGAGCCGCAUUUUCAAUACACUUAAACUUUAUUUAUAGAAGUAAUAACUGUACAUAAUUCUUUAUAAUCAUUAAGAUUUUGAUUUUUUUACCCAUUACGAAGAGUCUGUGUAAUUCACUCACCAAUGAUUUUAAUAGGGGAAAGCAUUUUGUGCAAAUAGUGAUAAGCUGGAUUUUCCAGCAAAAAGGCUUGGGCCAAAGUUUUAGAUAAAGAACAUUUAAUAAAAACACUGACCUCACACUAAGUCUACUCCAGUGUAUCAAUCAUCCAGGGCCAAUCGUCACAACCAUAGCCCUAAAAGUGGUUUUCAGAUGAAAUAGAUUCUUAAAUAUUUCAGAUUUGGUAGGAAAAGGUGACUGACAGUGCUACUUGUGGAAACAACCACAUAUAAAUAAAUAGGAUACUUGUGUUACUGUUUUCCUAAAACAUUUCUCAGAUUUUGUUGGGCUGCUAUUUAUGUUGGGUUACUAAACCCAAGAAGAUUGUGCAGAUUAUGUAGAAGCAUCUAAUUGACAUGUUAGCAGUAACUGUAAUCAGAUGCUUUUCUGUAAUAAGUCUAAAUGGUUUAUCAUCUGUAACUUACAAAAGUGCCUCUGUCCUAAUCGACAAAUUAUCUUCCUCUCAUUCUUGUGAGAAUGCAGCAUCCCUUUUUCUCAAAUACUAUCCCUGUUACAUCUGUCCAUAAUGAAAAGCAGCACUGAAACUGGGUGUGACAAUUUGUUUUUACUCAGAUCACUCAGCAAAGAAAGCGAUAAAAUAUGCGAUAAAAUACUGAUUUGACCUGUCGUGGAUGCCAUUGUCAGCUUUUUCUGACCACUGCUUGUAUCCCCAUGAAAAGUAUUAUAUUACAACAGGGAAAAAAAGACUAAACAGACAGUUAGCUUCUGUACAGAAAUGUUUUGCAAAGACAAACCCUUUUCUC